AUGGGCUGUGGGGGGAGCAGGACCGACGCUCUGGAGCCUCGCUACCUGGAGAGCUGGACCAAGGAGACGGAGUCCACGUGGCUGACCAGCACGGACACCGACAUCCCCCUGUCGUCCAUCCAGAGCAUCCCGUCCGACAACUCCGAGGCCGGCUACGCUUCUGAGAAAACAAUCAGCCCCGUUCCAGAUUUCUUUGAAGACGGCCUCCCUCCUCCCGCUCAGGCCUACCUGAAGGUCUGCUCGGCUGUAUCCGAAGCCAGCCUGAACGACGUGAAGCCCAGCAGCCCGCCUGCCAUCCUGGCCUCUCCGCAGCAGGAGGUGGUGCUCCCUUCAUCCGGCACCACGGUGCAGCGCCGGAGCGUCCUGCACACCGAGGAGAUCACCAAGUGGCAGGACAAUCGCAUGUCGACCAAGCAGGUGACCAUCACGGUGACGCAGAGCAUCCACCAGGUGGACAAGAACGGGAAGGUGAAGAAGUCCCUCACCACCUACGAGGUGAUGAAGCCCGUGGAGACUCUCAAACAGGUGGCCACGCAAAACACUUGAGUACAGCCAGGAGAGACUGGA